AGGGAUGUUGCCCUCCACUUGAUGGCAAUUUGCUUUCUCCAGAAGACAGUCCUUUGGCAAUCCAGGGUGUGUUUUGGACACAAUAGACUGGCAGAGUGCUUGGUUAAUAUUGAUCUGUUUGUGUUAUCCCAUCCUUGUACCUCUUUGUGCCCAGACACACAUUAUCUUUUUCCCAUUAACUAGAUUGGGGCGGGAGUUUUGCGUUGUGGGAGAAGUAUUCAGUUUGACCCCAACAUGCCCUGGGUUAACUCAACUCCAGCUUAGGUGUAGAGGUUAUAGUUAAGGAGUUCCCCUCCAGGCAGCUGAAUGUCUGUGGAGAUUCCCAGACUGGAGCCGGCAAGCCAGUUUUGAAAAGCCUCAAGCCAUGUAAGCUGCAGAGGCCGGUCCAGAAGUCCACAAAGGCACCAAAAAUGAACAACCGCAACGAAGCCAACUCCACCCCACCCGGUGACAGUGCCGGAACGGCAAACUGCAGCCAUUCCUCCCUUGUUCGAGGAACAGCGGGGGGGGGAGGAGGCCCCCCCUUCGAGAACUGGGAGUGCUUCCUUGGCGUCCUGGUAGUAUAGUUUCCCUCCCCCCAAACUGGGUGAUUGCAGUGGGGGAGGGAGGCCCAGGGGGCAUCACUGCGUGGCCGGACCCUCGCUGGGGACUCCGGCUGCGUUAAGGGGGCUUUGCAAAGGGCAACCGGUGGGCCCGUACUGGGGGGAGGAGGGAGAUUGCUGGUCCCUUUCCUCUCUCCGCGCAGAAGGGGCCGGGGGGGGCGCUUCCCCUCCUUUCCCCGGGCUUCGCGGGAGGGGCAGCAAAGCGAGGCGCUGAGCCGGCCUCAUCGCCUUUGCAAAGACGGGUGGGGGGAGUCGGCGGUGCACCUCGGAGCCGGGACUGGCCGCCGUCCCCCCUCCAGCAUCGCCCCCUGGGGCCUUUCGCGGGGUCGUGGCCGAAGAUGCGCGCUUGUUAGAGGGAGAGGCGUUCGCGAGCAGCACAGGGUCCUUCCAAACGACGACCUCCAAGUCCAUCAUCCUCAGCCGCCCCCAUGUCCGGGAAGGGUGGAGCACCAGGACGGGACCGGGGGCGCCAGGUUGCAGAAGCCUCAUGCGGUAGAGCGUAGCAGGCGCGGAGAGCGCAUGCGUACCCACCGCCUUUCCCUCCCUCCCGCGGACGUCCCAUCAGAGAAGAGACGGAUUGGCCGCCAGUCUCCUUGCGCGGUUGCCGGGGAGACGAUCCUGCCCUCCGAUUGGUCGAGCCGGGCGGCAUGGCUCCACGGGACUUCCGUUGCGGGACCCGGAAGGAGAUGGCGGCGCCGCGCGGCGGGGAGCUGCGGCUUCUGUGUCUCCACGGCUACGGGCAGAGCGCCCGGCGGUUCCGCGCCCGGACCGGCGCGCUGCGGAAGGCCCUGCGGGGACGCGCCGAGCUGCUCUACCUGGACGCGCCGCACCGCCUGCCGGCCCAGCCGGGGGAGCCGGAGGGGGAGGACGCCCCGCGCGGGUGGUGGCUGGAGUCCGGGCCGGGGCCGGCGCCCGAGGCGGAGCCGGAGGAGGCGCUGCGGGCCGUGGCGGCGGCGCUGGCGGAGCUGGGGCCGGUGGACGGGCUGCUGGGCUUCAGCCAGGGCGCGGCGCUGGCCGGGCUGGUGUGCGCGCUGCGGGAGGGGGGCGACGGGCGCUUCCCCUUCCGCUUCGCCCUGCUGGUGGCCGGCUUCCCCGCGGGGGCGGCGGCGGGGGCGCUGCGGGUGCCCAGCCUGCACGUCUUCGGCCAGGCCGACCGCGUCAUCCCGGAAGCCGAGAGCCGGGCGCUGGCGUCGCGCUUUGCCCAGCCGGUCCUGCUGGCCCACGAGGGCGGCCACUUCGUCCCCGCCGCUGCCGCGCAGAGGGCCGCCUACCUGGCCUUCCUGCGCCGCUUCGAGGUGCCCGCGGGGCCCGAGCUCAACCCGCCCCGGCCGCCGCCGGUUCCCUCAUGCGCGUCGGACUCGGCGCCUUCCCCGCGGGAGCCAGGCCAGAGUCCGGCGGGAGCAGCCUCAAGUCCUUCGGCGGCUGCAGGAGGAGGAGGAGAGCCCCGCACUGGAGCCUUGCAAGACACCGAUCCGGACUCUGGCCAAAGCGGUCUAUAAUAGUCCCCGACUGGAGAUUGCGGUGCUGCAAUUAAGGGACUUUGGGUACAAGACCCCCCUCCCAGUGGCUGAAGUCGCUCUCGAGACGCCCCCGCCUUUAUUUCCCCCCACUUGCUGUUUCAGGCCGGUUCUUCCAAGUUCCAGGCUUGGCUAAUAAUGGUGGGACUUGCCAGCCACCCAAGUUGCAGAUCUGCUUUCCAUCUCAGCUCAGGGACAGAUUUUAGGAUUGGACUGAACCUGAGACCCCUGUCCUGGGAUGUUGGACCUUGCCGCCUGUCAGGAUGUCUG